UCAAGUACUUUAUAGUUCCUCCAUAUUCAGCGAUUCUUACUCUCCGGAAAUCUAGGUUUCUGCAUGAACUUGAAUGAAUGACAUGAUCCGGCGAUGAACCAGUCAUGGCAUGGUAGAGAUGUGUGUCAUUGAACCGGUGCAUGGUGAGCGAUGGCCCGCUUGAUUUCAAGGAGAAAACUGGUCUACUACACCAUAGUGGUAACUUCCUUCUGCUGGGUCCUGGGAACUGUGUCAUUUUUUCUCUUUCAGUCGUUAGAAGUUAGCAUCGACGUGAAAAGACGUACGUCUGAUAGUCACCCUUCCUCGCAAAGGCCGAAAUGGAACGUUCAACAUGACCGACUUGCUAAGGAAACAGACCAGAGAGCGGGUGAACAAUACAUUCCGAACGAGACAAAGAAAGCCCGCAUUAACCUAAUUUAUCAACAAAUCUCCAACAAAGGCAUCAGUGCUUCAAAAGGAUCUCAAAAGAAACUUGAACAAAUCACAGCCAAUUAUGAGAGGUAUCCGUCGGGGGUUAAACUAAAAGGACCGGGCGCUAGGGGAGAGGGGGUUACCGUACCGGAGUCCCGCAAGGACGACGAAGAAGAAGGAUUUGAACAGCAUUCAUUUAAUCGUGUGGCUAGUGAUAUGAUUUCUGUGCACCGAACGCUACAAGACCACAGAAAUAGCAGGUGUAAAAUAAAGAAAUAUCCUCAGGAUCUACCUACAAGUUCUGUAAUUAUAUGCUUUCAUAAUGAAGCUUGGUCCACUCUUUUACGGACGGUACAUAGUGUCAUCAACAGGACUCCUCCACAGCUAUUAAAGGAAAUCAUUCUUGUAGAUGAUGCCAGUGACAGAGAUGAGCUUAAGACAAAGCUUGAAGACUAUGUUGCCAAGUUGAAAGUUGUUAAGAUUGUCCGUCUUCCUAGAAGAGAGGGUUUAAUUCGUGCAAGACUUACUGGGGCAGAACGAGCCAAGGGACAAGUUCUGACAUUUUUGGAUGCCCAUUGUGAAUGUUCUAAGGGUUGGCUGGUGCCUCUUCUCGCAAAAAUCGCUGAAAAUCGUUCAAAUGUAGUAAUGCCUGUUAUAGAUGAAAUAAGUGACCAGAACUUUUAUUAUCAUGCAGUGCCAGAGCCUUUCCAUAGGGGCAUCUUUCGUUGGCGAUUAGAGUUUGGCUGGAAGCCUGUUCCUCAGUAUGAGAUGGAAAGACGUAAAGAUGAAACUGAGGGAAUAAGGACCCCAGUGAUGGCAGGAGGCCUGUUCUCUAUUGACAAAAGUUAUUUUGAUGAAAUAGGAACAUAUGACACUGGAAUGGACAUUUGGGGUGGAGAAAACCUGGAAAUUUCCUUUAGGGUCUGGAUGUGUGGAGGCACCAUUGAGAUGCUCCCCUGUUCACGUGUUGGCCACGUGUUCAGACCACGUUUUCCAUAUUCAUUUCCCGCCCGUCCAGGUGGUGACCUUGAUGUUGUAAGUCGUAAUCUUAUGAGAGUGGCAGACGUGUGGAUGGAUGAAUACAGCAAACAUUUCUACAACAUUCGGUUUGAUCUUAAAAGAAAAAAGCACGAUGAUAUCAGUGAAAGACUUGCUCUGCGAAAGAAGUUACAGUGCAAGAGUUUUAAGUGGUAUUUGGAGAAUAUUAUUCCUGAGUUAGAGGUGCCCGAUGCAAACUUUGUGGCCGCUGGACAGGUUCGUAAUCCUUCGAGUGAUAAGUGUCUAGACACGUUGGGGAAGAAAGACGAUGCACCUCUGGGGCUGUACGAGUGUCAUGGCCAGGGUGGAAACCAGUACUUUGUUUUAACAAGCAAGGGAGAGCUAAAAUCAGAAGAUAAUUGUUUGGACUACAAUGGAUAUGAUCUGUACCUGAAGGAAUGUGACGGACUGAAGCAGAACCAGAAAUGGGAAUAUAAGAAAACAGUGCUCUACCAUCCACGCCAUGAUGUAUGUAUUGACCGAGGUUCCUCAAAUGCAGAGUAUGCCAAAGUUCGCGCGUGUGAUGGGAGACUGGCCCAAGUAUGGGAAUUCUCUAAGACAGAAGAGAUGGACUGAUGCUCAGCCGGUCUGCGCAUAUUCUCAGCACAGUGACGAAACGAGGCAAUAGUCCGGUAUGGAGUUAAGCUCUGGGAAGGAUGAGGUCGCUUGGUGAUCGUCCAAUUUCAGAACAUGGGUUCUGGCUGAAGCUGUACCACCGGGAAUCAUCUCCACUGGGGUGUGAUAAGAAACAUCUCCCUCCUAUAGCGAGUCGUUGCUGAAUCACUCCAGUAUAGCACUAAUCGCCACAGUACUAUCUAACAAAACUCGGAGACACUCGCCUCGUUUGGCUCAAGUUGAACGAACUCUUUUUCGAUUUUCUUCCGCACUGAAUUGUUUCUAUGUUCGUGUGCACGUCGGACGCUUCUAUAGUGCUGACAUCACUGUCCAGCUGUUGCGGUUAUCACUGUACCUAAAAAAUGUACAAUGUACGUUUUAUAGAGCUGAAAUUUUUUAGGACAUAUGAAUUUAUUGUUUUGAAAUUAGGCGAUAAACAAUUUAAGUUAUCUGUCAGGAUUUGUUGAUUAUGAAAACUUGUUUCUCAAAUAAGAUGUCAUUUGUGAUUAGUUCUGUGAAAAGAAAACAACUAUAGAAGGAAUAAAUUAUUUUUCGUUAUCCUCCCACAGUGGAAAAUGAUGUAUUCUGACAACAUUACACACCUGUAACUGUAACAAGGAGAGACCUGGGUUCGAAAGCUUUAAACGGAAAACCUCUCUCUUAUCUCCCAAUUUAUGAAAGAAAACAAACGUUGGAUUAAGUGUAAAAAGUGAUGUCUCUAAAGCCUCGUAUCUGUACCAAUCAUCGUCACAUCUUGAGCCAUGUCGGGUCGAUGUGUUCCUUUCGCAAUGAAAUCUAGUUGGUGAUCUAGGAAAUUCAUUUUCCUAGUCAUCAUUCUAGCGUUCGAUUUGUUCAAUCGCAGCGGACAACUCCUCGCCCAACUUGUAAUCAGGCGUUGCCGAAUCUGUUUUUUCUUAAUUUUAAUUAAAUACGCUGAAAAAGUAAAGCACGCCUCGUCAGGAAACAGUACGCUAAUCGGUUACCAUACCAUGACUUGACGACUGCUAUGGGUCAAACGUCUUUUGGAAAAAGCACUUCCCUAAGUAACAAAUGCCCCACAUACUUCAAGGAAAUUGUUACGGAAACUGAAAUAAAUCUUUUCUACUCUGUUAUUAUUCCAAAGUUUAAUCGCAAGGAAAUUAUCUUACAAUUUGAGUUUUGCAAUAAAUAGACAGAGAAAAUUUUGCCAGA